AUGGUAUCUCCAUUUUACAAUAGUGACUAUUCUUAUCAUCUUCAUCAAACUGACGAUAACUGUAACAACAAUAACGCCAAUAACAAUAUUUGUGUUAAACAACAGCAGCAAGAGCAAUCAUUCGAUUAUUCUUAUAUACAACCUUUCAUAAAUGAAAAACUUGCUGCUGCUGCUUUCGUUGCAAAAUUAUAUCAACCAUAUGUCUAUCCAGCAACAACGACAAUAUCUACUGCAACAACCGGUGAUUCUAAUACUGAUGCUACCGUUAUUGAUAAUACUUCAAACAACGUCGUUGAUUUUGAUUUGAUCAUAAAUUCUGGAAAUUUACAAUCUGUUCAACAAAAUGAUAUCGCUGUCACUGCUGCUACUGAUGCAUCUGCCAUUUAUGGUUAUAAUGAUUCUGCUUUAUAUAAUCCAUACAUCACCUUGGAUUCCAACGCUUUAUCAAAUUUUGAUCUCUUUCAAUUCAAUACCCAAUUGGAUCAACAAAAUUGUGAUUUGACUUUCGGUGACAAUAACUCCACUAGAACUCCCUCACCUGUGCCUAACACUGCACCAUCUUCUCCUUUAUAUUUUAGUACGCUCACUGAUCACUUUAACCAAAAGAUCAACGAGGAAAAUCAUCUUAAUAACAUUAAUCAUCAAUUGAUCAAUGAUGGUCUCUCUUACAUUCCUACACUUUCCUCUUAUCAAGCAAGUUUAAAAUUUGACUAUUUUACUACUCCUCACAUCUCCUCAUCAUCAGCUCAUUCUUACUACAUUAAAUCUUCACCGUCGUCAUUUGAUCAACAACAUCCCAAUCAAUAUUCUUCUAAUCAAAAUAAUAAUUUUAAUGCAAGCGAAUAUUGUAAUCCUAACUCAAUAUCAACUACAUCAUCAUUACCAUCAUCACCAUACAACGCAACUACCACCGAAAUCAUCGCCAACGUCACCAAUUGUUCACCUGUUGUUGCUUUUACUGAUGAUCAGAAGAAUAAUAAAAGACGACGUAGUAAAUGUAGAACUUUGUCCAAUCCGCCAUGUUUGAAAUCACAACCACUUACUCCAGUUCUUUCAUCCGAUUCUCAUGCCACAUUCACAACUACUUCUCCCUCAUCUCCUACCUCUCCAUCAUUAUCCAUUCAUCAAAAUUUAAUAACUGAUAAUGUAAUGAGACCAAAUAAUGUUCAUCAAUACUCCUCUACUUCUGGAGAAAAGAAAGUGAUGAUCUUAACUUCAAAGGUAGCACAAAAGUCUUAUGGAACUGAAAAAAGAUUCUUAUGCCCACCACCUACGACAAUGAUCUUGGGUUCCAAUUGGUGGUGUCCAUCACAUAACAACAACAACAAUAAUACAUUGUCUGCCCCUCCAAAGAUUACUGUUGGCAUAUCAGGGGAACAAACAAAUCAACAAGGUAUUCUUGAAUGGAUUAGCCCAUCAGGAAAUUCACUUGAUCCUACAUCAACUUGUUCAGAAAUGAAUUUCAGUGGAAAAUGCGUUUCGAAGCAUUUGUAUAUUAGUGAUGCUGAUGAAAAAAGAAAGAAAGUCGAAGUCUUGGUUAACAUUCAAAGUCCAAUGGGUGAUAAUAUUGGCACUUUUGCCAGUAAACCAAUUAAAGUCAUCAGUAAACCAAGUAAGAAAAGACAAAGUGCAAAAAAUAUGGAAUUAUGCAUUCACCAUGGUUCUACUGUUUCAUUGUUCAACCGUAUUCGAUCUCAAACAGUCUCAACAAAAUAUCUUGGCGUUUCUACACAACAAAAUGCUAAUCAAACUUCUGGUUCUUGUAAUUAUCCUAAUGGUACUUAUCUUGCUUGUCUUGGUGACGUUGUUGGAAUGCAACGUGCAAACGAUGGUCGACAGAUCAUCAUUUCAACAACCUCCACCCCCACUCCUACAUCUGCAUCUACCACCAUAAACGACAUUUCACCGCCUGCCUGGUCCGGUGCUGCUGCUGAUGUCUUAACUGAGAAUAUUAAAGUUGGACGUAAAAGACGUGUGUCUUCUCCUGCUGCCGUAAUGCGACCAUCAUCAACCAAUUCAAACAAAAGGAGGAGAGUCAAUAGUUUAAGUGGAGUAGCUAGUGAGGUAGAUUUAGCAAGACUAGCAUCUAAUACCAAUAAAAAUUCAGGUGCAUUAUGGACAGAAGACGUAACAGAUGCAGCGAUGUUACCUUACCAUUAUAAAAAAUUGUCAAGUUAUUUUGAUAAUAAAUUAACAAUGAAUAGAACAGAUUGUGAUCCAUCCGGACUGUUUAAUAAUGAUGAUGAAUUUGACGAUCGCGAUACAUCUGAACUGUUUAAUGAUGAAUUUGACGAUUGCAGUACAUCUGGAUUGUUUAAUGAUGAAUUUGACGAUUGCAGUACAUCUGGAUUGUUUAAUGAUGAACUUGAUGACAGAUAA